AAUCCCCAGGGCAGCCUCGGGAGCCACGUCCUCGGCAUUGUUCAGGGAAGCUUGAGCAACCUCUUGCCAACACCAUGGUGAACUGGACAGAUGAGGAGAAGCAGCACAUCACCAGCCUCUGGUCUAAGGUCGACGUCACCAAGUGUGGCGGCGAUGCCCUGGCCAGGCUGCUGAUCGUCUACCCCUGGACCCAGAGGUUCUUCACUAAGUUCGGGGACAUGUCCAACUCCGGUAAUAUAAUUGGCAACAACAACGUGGUGAACCAUGGCAGGAGGGUGCUGACCUCCUUCGGGGACGCCGUCACAAACCUGGACAGCAUCAAGAAAAGUUUUGCUUCUCUGAGCAAACUUCACUGCGAGAAGCUGCACGUGGACCCCGAGAACUUCAGGCUCCUGGGUGACAUCCUCAUCGUGGUCCUGGCCUCCCACUUCGGCAAGGACUUCACCCCUGCCUGCCAGGCUGCCUGGCAGAAGCUGGUCCGUGUGGUGGCCCACGCCCUGGCCAAGGAGUACCACUGAGCAUCCUGGGAGACUUCCUGCCUGGAGACAUUCCUGGGGAAUCUCCUCGGGUUCUGCUGGGCUCUAAUCACCCAAUAAACACCAGCUGCUCCAGCCACCA